UGAAUGACAAGAGCUGUUAGUUCCAAAUCCUUCCUAAACAAUUCAGCAUCCGCAACUUCAAGACUGAUUGGCUACGAUUCUCCUUUCGCAAACGGUGGUGAUUGGACGGCUUCCUUGUCAGCCGUGACCCGCGAUCACUCUUCACUUCUCACCGUCUGGUGCACGUUCUCGCUGUGAGAUGCGGAGGACGGUGCAGGACGGACCCGUAUCAUCUCCGGUUGGAUCUGUGAGAUGUAGAGAGCAAAACCGGUUGGACAGAGGAGAAGUCAGAGCUGUUGCCCGGACAACAGGGACGGACACUAGCAACACCAUGGCCCCUCCGCAAAAACUCACCAAGGCUGCUUUUAAAAGUAAACUAAAUCCUUAGACUUUAAAGUUAAAAGAAAUAGAAAAUCCACAAAGUUUAGCCGACUCAUGUCAAAGGUCUGGUAGAAGGAAGCCUCUCGCUUCUCUUGGAAGCAGGACAACAGAUGGAGGCUCUGCCUCUGGGUUUUCAAUGUUGCUAACGCUAGCCGAGUGAACAGCUAUGCCUUCAAAGGUCUCCUGUUUCUACCUGUUGACCGUGGUUUGCUGGGCUAGCGCUCUGUGGUACCUGAGUGUGUCCCGGCCCUCCUCUUACAUGGGCCAGCUGUCCAUCCCCAUCCGCAAGACGGCCAAGCUGCACAAGAACUCCACCUACAGCAACAUCCGCUCGCGGCCUCUCAACCCGCACGACUUCGCCUUCCUCAUCAACGAGCCCAAGAAGUGCGAGCCGGAGGCUCCCUUCCUGGUCAUCCUCAUCAGCACCACCCACAAGGAGUUUGACGCCCGGCAAGCCAUCCGGGAGACGUGGGGGGACGAGAGCACGUUCAGCGACGUGCGCAUCCUCACCCUCUUCCUCCUGGGCCGCAACACCGACCCGGUCCUCAACCAGAUGGUGGAGCAGGAGAGCCAGAUCUUCCACGACGUCGUGGUGGAGGACUUCAUCGACUCCUACCACAACCUGACCCUCAAGACCCUGAUGGGCAUGCGCUGGGUGGCCACCUUCUGCCCCAAGGCCCAGUACGUCCUGAAGACGGACAGCGACAUCUUCGUCAACAUGGAGAACCUGAUCUUCAACCUGCUGAAGCCCACCACCAAGCCCAGGAAGAGGUACUUCACGGGCUACGUCAUCAACGGAGGUCCCAUCAGGGACAUGCGCAGCAAGUGGUACAUGCCCAGAGACCUGUACCCCGAGAGCAAGUACCCCCCGUUCUGCUCGGGGACGGGGUACGUGUUUUCGUCGGACAUUGCCGAGCUCAUCUACAAGACCUCCCUGCACACCAGACUGCUCCACCUGGAGGACGUGUACGUGGGGCUGUGCCUGCGCAAGCUGGGGGUACACCCCUUCCAGAACAGCGGCUUCAACCACUGGAAGAUGGCCUACAGCCUGUGCAGGUACCGUCGCGUGGUCACGGUGCAUCAGAUCUCCCCGGAGGAAAUGCAUCGCAUCUGGAACGACAUGACCAGCAAGAAACACCUCAAGUGUUAGCUAGGCUGGAGAGGCUGUGGAGCCGUGCCAAGCAGGAGAGACGUCAUCACCCUCUCCUCUUUCCUCUCCUCUUUCCUCUCUCUCUCCGUCUCCCCCCCUCUGCCUUUCCCUCCUCCUUCUUCCUCUCUCCCUCCCCUCCCCCUGCCUCUUUCCCUCUUCCUACCUCUCUCCCUCUUCCUCUCUCCCUCCCCUCCCCUUGCCUCUCUCCCUCCCCCUGCCUCUCUCCCUCCCCCUGCCUCUCAAAGCUUCUCAUUGGCUAUGUAUAGCACAUGACACAGUGUGUAUGUAACUGUCUGACCUUUGUCAGGGCAUCGGAUAAUUUCACCUUUUUACCAGGCCGGGGCUAUUCUCUUCACAGAUAACUUAUCUAUUAUCCAGCACUGUAUUAUUCUGCUCACUGAAUAUCUAACCAGUGUGUCCGACUAGCAGGCUUCUUAGUACUUCACACAGAACAAAUCAAACAGAGGAUGUUACCGCGGCUACAGCAACAACCUGUCUCAUUUGUUCAUACGUUGAACAAGCGUGUAACAAAAAUCGAAUGACUGUAUAUUCCACUGUCCACAGUCUUAGCAACAGAAGAUACAAAUCAGUGAAGGCUUAGAAGCUUAGUAACAGAGUUGAUAGAAGAGACAAAUGGUUAGCUUGGAUGCUUUCAGACUCAUUUACUCACAGCUUGAUAACUGCUAAAAUAGAUAUCUCUGUCCCCUAUGCACUGAGAUGGUACCAGUGCAAAACAUAAGCUGCACCGACACACACUAAUACUGUGCGCACACCAUCACUAGGUCAUCUGUAAGGUUGAUGAAGAAUGUAUUCUGUUCAUUCCGGUUUUAUGAGAUCAUGUAUUGUAUAUGUGGGAUGUACUGUUUGGUACGGUUUUAGUGAAGACCAUGACACAUGCUGUGUUUAUAUCAGAGGAUGCAUCAUCGCCGUACUGAUCAUACAGAUGAUCUUAGAUUGUGAGAAGACCAUGUAACAGUCAUUUGUAUGACUUCAAGGUCCUGUUUGCCUCUGUAAUUAAGUGGUAAAAUUUUAUUUUAAAGAUCAGACAUAUUUUCUUACUGCUAAUCCAGAGUUGUGCUAUUCAUCUAUUACCUAUGACGGUAUCUCUUGAACGCCAGUGAUUUUCCUUUGGGACAAACAAACAGCCCACGGGGGUGUUAUUCUGUCUGUGUCAUUUUGUUUCUCUCCUUCCAGCUGCUGUCAGAUGAAACUGUGUUAUAUCACAGUAUUAUUUGUAUGACUUUGUCCAGAAGGACUCCAUGGCUGCAUUUCAUUGCCAACUUCGUUCAUGUUUGAGUGCAUUUAUUUUUUAGUUUUUAAAUAUUUUGGAUUAAAAGAUGUUUU